AUGUCCACAGAGCACCGUCUUUAUUACACCACCCCCUGUACAACCUUCUCAGGCAGCCUGCCACUCGGCAACGGCCGACUUGGAGCCUCCGUCAUCUCCUCGCCCUCCCGCGAGGCCUUCGUCCUCAAUGAAGUCACUUUCUGGUCUGGGGGUCCGCACACUGCAGGAUCUGGCCUGGCUUCUCGGGCCGCUGACCCAAUGGCCGAGCUGCGGCAGACACAGCGUUGCUUGCUUGCAGGCGACUACGAAGAAGGGAAGAGAAGGUCAGAGAAAUAUCUCCAGAGCAUGGAGAAUAAUUUUGGUACCAAUUUGGUCGUGGGGAGGCUCGACAUCACUGUAAAUGGCACCAUGGAUAGCGAGGGCGUACGCGGUUUUGAGAGAGAGCUGCGACUCGACUCGGCGCUCGCGGAGGUAAGGUAUGACAGCGACGGACAUCGGGUUCGGAGGAGGAGCUUUAUGAGCUAUCCACAUCAAGUGCUUAUAGUGAGCUUUGAGAGCGACGAUCCGGAGGGUCUAAACCUCGAGGUAAGUAUUCAAGGCCAGAAUGAAGCAUUUGCUGCCAGGAGUAGGGAUGGGAGGAUCGAAUUCGAUGCACAGGCUCUCGAGACCGUGCACAGUGAUGGAAAUUGCGGCGUCACAGGUCACGGUGUUGUUGGUGUCUACUCAGACAGUCAAGAAGUAGAGAGCAAAGAGUGCAAGAUUUUUGUGCGGGGGAAGAAGAGCGCUACGAUUCUGCUCGCCUUCACCACCAAUUACCAACAGACUGGCGAUGGUUGGAGAGAGCAAGCGUCUCGGCAGAUCGAGGAGGCCACGAAACUGUCUGUCGCAGAUCUCCUCGCAGCACACCUGGCGGACUAUCAGCCCCUCUACCGUCGGAUGAGCAUCACCCUCGGGCCCAGUUCAGGCUCUGAGCCUGCGAGUCUGCCCACUGACCAGCGCCGGCAGAAGUUCGAGCCCUCCAACUACGCCGACCCGGGCAUGUUCACACUCUACUUCCAUUACGCACGCUACCUCACCAUCGCAGGUACACGCGCCACCUCUCCUUUACCGCUGAACUUGCAGGGCCUGUGGAACGACGGGGAAGCAUGCCGGAUGGGGUGGAGCUGCGACUACCACAUUGAUAUGAAUACCCAGAUGAACUAUUUUCCCAUGCUCCCCAGCGCGCUGCCUGACCUAAUGCAACCCCUCAUCUCCUAUCUCAAGCGCCUUGUCACCGCCGGCAAAGAUGCUGCACAGGCCUGCUACGGCUGCGAUGGCUGGGUCGCCCACGUCUUCAGCAACGUGUGGGGAUUCGCUGAUCCGGGCUGGGAGACGUCAUACGGUCUCAACGUGACGGGGGGGCUGUGGAUGGCGAGCCACCUGAUAGAGAUGUACGAAUAUACCCUGGACGAGACACUUUGGGGGAAACAGCCUAUCCGAUCUUGA